GUGCACUGUACAGUGAGCACGUUUGAGGUUCAAUCGGCCGUAUGUGGUUGUAUGUAUUUGACGACAGAAGGGAGAGAGAACGGAGCGGAGAGGGAGGUAGGGUAGAGUUCGUUGAGGGCUGCUCAGUGCGCACGGUUAUUUGACUUGGGAGAAAGAUUCGAAAGUCAUUUAAAAAAUAAUAAUACAACAAAGUCUGCAUUUGAACAACGGAUGUUAGAGAAGAAAAUAUAAUAAGGAAUUCCACAUGGCAAUCUUUCAACUACUCCGGUUUUCUACGAAUACCUACUAUCUCCUGUUGCUUGUCCUGUUGUGCACAGUACAUGUUCUUCAGGGGUUCAACCUGGAUGUGCGGUUCCCUGUUGUCAAGGAAGGAAAGACCCCGGGAAGUCUCUUUGGGUUCUCGGUGGCACUUCACAAACAGAUGGUGGGAGAGAAAAGAUACCUACUCCUUGUUGGAGCACCCAAGGAGAAGGCAGAGUCUGGCGUGAAGGCCAAUGAAACAGGAGAUGUGUAUACCUGCCCUGUAAACGUUGCCCAAUCAGAUUGCACCAGGAUGAACCUGAUUGGCUCAGACCCUGACCUCAUUGAGGGUGAGGACAGGGUGGAGGAUAUGUGGCUGGGGGUAACCGUGGCCAGCCAAAGACAGCCAGGGGGGCGAAUUCUGACCUGUGGCCAUCGCUUUGUGAAGUUACAUGGCGUAUUGAAGCUGCGUCAGAUGAUUGGGAAGUGUUAUAUCCGUGGUAACGACCUGAACUAUAACGAAACAGACAUGCACUGGCAGAACCCUGAUCAGGUGUGCAGCCACACUAAAGACAUCACAGGUGAAGUCAUGUGCAACAUGGGCAUCUCUGCUGCCAUCACUGACACAGAGGUCAUCGUGGGCGCCCCUGGCAGCUUUGAGUGGCAAGGCAAUGUUCAUGUCUCCUGGAUGAAUCCAAAUGUCAUCUAUGACACCAAGAGAAGCAGCUUCCCCAACUUUGGUAAUCGACGGCACAUUUACAUAGGCUACUCGGUGGCAGAGGGCCGAGGCCUCCUCAGCCAGAGCCAGGACACAGUGGUGACAGGGGCUCCUAAGGAUAACAAGGAUGACGCCAAAGGCUCGGUCAUUCUGACUGUGAAGAAGUCGUCGACGUCAGGGGACGGGGACCAGCUGAAACCCUACCUCACCCUGAGAGGCGAGCAGAUGGGCUCAUACUUUGGGAACUCCCUAGCCGUGGCAGACCUCAACAAUGAUGGUUGGAUGGAUCUGAUCGUCGGAGCCCCGUUCUAUUUUGAUCGGAAGAAGGAGCUUGGUGGAGCGGUGUACGUCUAUAUGAACGAGAACGGCUCCUUCCGGCAGAACUCCAGCAUCAUACUCCGAGGCCCUAGAGACUCUGCGUUUGGAAUGGCUGUGGCUGCCAUUGGAGAUGUCAACCAAGAUGGCUUUCAAGAUUUUGCGGUGGGCGCUCCGUUCCAUGGAACAGGCAGGGUGUUCAUCUGGACAGGCAGUGCUGAGGGCAUCUCUCAGGAGCCCAGUCAGGUGAUUGAGGGGGAGGAUAUAGCUGGAGGUGGGUUCAAGACGUUUGGCUACUCCAUCAACGGGGGGCUGGAUGUGGAUGAGAACCGCUACCCCGACAUGGUGGUCGGCUCACUGGACGACCGCGUAGCCUUACUGAGGGCCCGCCCAGUCAUUCACCUCAUUAAAACUCUUGAAGUGACGCCAGGGAUUGUGGACCCUAAAGACUGUGACAACUGUGUGGAGGUGGAGGUCUGUUUCAACUACACACUGAGCACUGGGGACAAGGACUUCAGGAAGAACGUCACUGUGAAGUACACUGUGGAAGCCGACCUAACAAGGCACAACCACCGGGUCCGUUUCCAAGACAAUGGCCUGGACAGCUACACUGGUUUCUUGUCAAUGCCAUCUGCCAAAUGCAAAACGCUGAGGCUCGGACUAGUGAGUCCCAUCCGAGACAAGGUGGAGCCAGUAGUCUUCUCCCUGAACGUAUCCCUCCAUGAGGGGCAUCCCAAAGCCCGGCAGUCUCUGCAGAACCUGGAUGCCUUCCCUGUGCUCAGUGAGGGAAAGGCCAGCCAUGUCAAAAAGGAGAUUCACUUCCAGAAAGCCUGUGGCCCGGACAAUACGUGCCAGAGUAACCUGCAGAUGAAGGCAGAGUUUGCCAAUGAAGAGCAGACACCUUUUCCCAGCCAUGAUGGUCACCAGAUCCUCCAGUACAGCGCCAGUGUCAAGAAGGUCAUGUUGGUCGUGGACGUGAACAACUUUCAGUCGCCAGGGAAACCGGCGGAGGACGCUCACAAUGCCAUGCUCAACGUCACCAUUCCCCCGUCGCUGAUCUACUCAGCCUUUCGCUCAAAGAGCAACAGCCCAGCCAUCAAGUGUUCAGCAGAGGAUAUGGUUGUACUGUGUGAGCUGGGGAACCCAUUCACCAGCAACCAAGUGGAUCAGAUCCAGAUCAUCUUUCAGACGUCUGAGAUCAGUCUGGACACCAGAGAGAUUCGCUCUACGUUGCAGCUUUCCACAUUGAGUAAACAGAGCAAUCUACAACCGCUGCCUCUUGUCAUGGUGGUGGAGUAUACACUGGAUGCGUCUUUUGCACUUGCCCAGUACACAGGUCACACUCACUUCAGUGGGGAGAUCAUGGGAGAAUCGGGCAUGAAGACUGCCAGCGACGUCGGAAGUCCUGUGGAGUUCACAUUCAAGGUGAAUGUUUUUGGGAAGCCACUUGUUAACCUUGGAAACCUGGAGGUGGAGUUUGAUUGGCCCUGGGAGGUAGCCAAUGGCAAGUGGCUGCUGUACCUGACGGAGAUCCAGACCAAAGGGACGUCAGACUCUCACUGUGUGCCUCCUGGAGCCAUCGUCAACCCACUCAAACUCAUGUUACCAGAGAGCAAAGCCAGGAGGAGAAGGAAGCGAGAGGAGGGCUCCACAGAGGAGGUGCACCCCAGAGAACUCCAGGCCUCCCUCAAUCUGAAGGGAAUUCGCAAAAAGUCCUUUAAACUGGACUGUGUCACGGGCACUGCUCACUGUGUGAAAUUCAUCUGCCCUCUCCGCAACAUGAACAACACUGCGACAAUCAUUGUCAGGGCCAGAGUGUGGAACAGCACCAUGAUGGAGGACUACAGGGAAGCGUGGCGGGUGACCGUGAAUGGCAAGGCCACACUGAAACUGGUCACAGACAAACCCACCAUCAGGAUGAACACUGAGAGCACAGAGUUCACCCUGAAUAUAGACCCAGAGCUGGGGGAGGAGGCUACGUACCAGGUCCCCCUGUGGAUCAUCAUCGUGUCUGCUGUCGCUGGCAUCCUCCUUCUGGCCUUCAUCAUCCUCCUUAUGUGGAAGUGUGGCUUCUUCAGGAGGGCCAGCACCAGGGAGAUGUACGAGGCCAAGGCCCAGAAAGCUGAGAUGAAGACCCAGCCGUCAGAGGUGGAGAGGCUGACCGAGGAGUAGUGAGGCCCCCCUUGUGGGCCUCUGGAACAAUGCACUGGGUUUCCUCGUGUGGCUUUUUCAAGCGGCCCAACCACUUCAAAAUGAUGCCAAUACACCAGGGAGUGAAGAUUGGCAAAGAGGAGCGCUACCAGGUAAA